UGCCACCCCCCUCCUCGGUGUGUUUCAGGAGGAAUCCUCCUCCACACAGACCUCUCUGAGGCCAGAGGACAGGCGGGCGACCAGAGGAAGAUGGCGGUCGGGAUGCUGUCUGGAAUAGGGGGCAGGAUCCGCAGGAUCUGCUCCACACCCAGACUUGGAUGGAUGUAAACACUGAAUUUAUAUUUGAUUUCCACUUCCCGUGGUCUGGACUUGUUUGGGCUUGUUUAAUUCGCUUUAACUGCGUUUGAUCCGGCGUAAGUCUGUGUGAUUCCCAAACUACAUCGAUAGACUGGGUGGGAGAAAAGUGGACCAAAAUGUCGGAUUCAAAGGUAAAAGUUGCAGUACGAGUUCGGCCCAUGAACCGCAGAGAGUUGGAAUUGAACACAAAAUGUGUUGUGGAUAUGGAGGACAACCAGACCGUCCUCCACCCGCCACCGUCCAACUCCAAAGGAGACAGGAGGAAACAACCAAAGGUGUUUGCCUUCGACCACUGUUUCUGGACCAUGGACGAGUCCAACACUCCCAAAUAUUCCGGUCAAGAGGUGGUGUUCAAGUGCCUUGGAGAGGGUAUACUGGACAACGCGUUCCAAGGAUACAAUGCCUGCAUAUUUGCCUAUGGACAAACAGGUUCAGGGAAGUCCUUUUCCAUGAUGGGGAAUGGGGAUCAGCCGGGUCUGAUUCCAAGGCUGUGCGGUGCCUUGUUCGAAAGGGUCCACAGAGACGAAUGUGAGGCACACUCCUUCAAGCUGGAGGUCUCCUUCAUGGAGAUCUACAACGAGAAGGUCAGGGACCUCCUAGACCCCAAAGGGAGCCGGCUCUCCCUGAAGGUGCGAGAGCACAAAGUGCUGGGUCCGUACGUGGAUGGCCUCUCUCAGCUGGCUGUGACCAGCUUUGAGGACAUUGAGGUGUUGAUGUCGGAGGGCAACAAGUCGCGGACUGUUGCUGCCACCAACAUGAACGAGGAAAGUAGUCGCUCGCACGCCGUCUUCAGCAUUGUCGUCACACAGACGCUGUACGACCUGGGCUCCGGGAACUCUGGGGAGAAAGUGAGCAAAAUCAGCCUGGUGGACUUGGCAGGAAGUGAGCGAGUCUCCAAGACUGGAGCGGCCGGUGAGAGACUCAAGGAAGGCAGCAACAUCAACAGGUCUUUAACCACCCUGGGCUGUGUUAUCUCUGCGCUGGCUGACCAGUCUGCUGGGAAAGGGAAGGCCAAGUUUGUCCCAUACAGAGACUCUGUUCUUACCUGGCUCCUAAAGGACAACCUUGGUGGAAACAGUAAGACGGCCAUGAUCGCCACGGUGAGCCCAGCGGCCGACAACUACGAGGAGACACUGUCCACACUGCGCUACGCCGACCGCGCCAAGCGGAUCGUCAACCACGCGGUAGUGAACGAGGACCCCAACGCCCGCAUCAUCAGGGAGCUGAGGGAAGAGGUGGAGAAGCUCAGGGAGCAGCUCACCGCAGCCGAGUCCCUGAAAGCCCCGGAGCUGAAGGAGAAGCUGCAGGAGUCUGAGAAACUCAUCGAGGAGAUGACCGUCACCUGGGAGCAGAAACUACGCAAAACGGAGGAGAUCGCAGCGGAGAGGCAGAAGCAGCUGGAGAGCAUGGGCAUCUCUCUGGAAACAUCUGGGAUCAAAGUAGGCGAAGACAAGUGCUUCCUGGUCAACCUGAACGCCGACCCAGCCCUCAACGAGCUGCUGGUCUACUACCUGAAGGAACACACGCUUGUCGGGGCAGACACCUCCCAGGACAUCCAGCUCUUUGGGAUUGGCAUCCAGCCAGAGCACUGUGCACUGGACCUCUGCCCAGACGGUGAUGUCACCCUCACGCCCAUAGAAAAUGCCAGAACCUGUGUGAACGGAACCGUGGUGGACUCUCUGGUCCACCUGUGGCACGGGGACCGCAUCCUGUGGGGGAACAACCACUUCUUUAGGAUCAACCUGCCCAGCAGGAAGCGGCGGGAGCGGCUGAAGGAGCUGGAGCGGGCAUCGCCCAGGGAGAGCUACGUGGAGGCGGACCUGGAGACGGCCAGCGAGGCCUCGUCGGAGCAGGACUACAGCUACGAGUUCGCCCAGAUGGAGGUCAUCAUGAAGACCCUAGGGAACAACGACCCCAUGCAGAAUGUGGUGCAGGUGCUGGAGAAGCAGUAUCUGGAGGAGAGGCGGACUGCCCUGGAGGAGCAGAGGAGAAUGUACGAGAGGGAGCUGGAGUCGCUACGGCAACAACUCUCGCCCGAGAAGACAAAGCAGCACCACCAGCGCAGCAACAGCGAGCACCUGGCCUUCACCACGCACAGCCCCCACAACAAGCCACGUCUGUGGACCGACGACAGGGACGAGUUGUUCCGACAGAGCCUCUCCCGGCUAAGGGAGCAGGUAGUGAAAGCAAACACUUUGGUGCGAGAAGCCAACUUUCUGGCAGAGGAGAUGAACAAACUGACAGACUACCAGGUCACCCUCCAGAUCCCCGCAGCCAACCUCAGUGCUAACCGCAAGCGUGGAGCCAUCGUGAGCGAACCAGCCAUUCAGGUGCGGAGGAAAGGAAAAGGAACACAGGUGUGGGCCAUCGAGAGGUUGGAGAACAAGCUGGUGGACAUGAGGGACCACUACAGAGACUGGAAGGAAGGCACAGAGGAGGAGAUGUGUUACAAGGCGAACAGCAAGCACUUGGACCCAUUCUAUGAGGCGCAGGAGAACCACAACCUGAUCGGAGUAGCCAACAUAUUCCUGGAGUGCCUUUACCACGAUGUCAAGCUGCAGUAUGCAGUACCCAUCAUCAGCCAGCAGGGGGAGGUGGCGGGCAGACUGCAUGUGGAGCUGAUGCGCGUGUGCGGCCCGCUGCCCGAGCGGCUUGCGUGGGGCGAUGACUCCUCAGAAAAUUCCAGCGAGAGUGGCUGUUACGAGGUGAUGGACGGCCACGGGGAGGUUGUCCUGAUGGCCAGGAGGCUCACCUGCAGGGUCCACAUCAAGGAGGCCUCGGGGCUGCCCCUCAACCUGUCCAACUUCGUCUUCUGCCAGUACACGUUCUGGGACCAGGCCGAGCCCACGGUGGCUCCUCCCAUGGUCAGCCCGGACGCCCCCACACACUCCCCCGAGGCCCAGUUCACUGUCCGCUUCGACCACAGCAAGGACCACGUGGUUCACGUGACAGAUGACUUCCUGGAGUUCAUCUCAGAAGGGGCGCUGGCCAUCGAGGUGUGGGGUCAUCGCUGCGCCGGGACGGGGCCAUCGCCGUGGCAGCUGGAUGCGCUCCAGGCCAAGAGUCGCACGCUCCGGGACAGGUGGAGUGAGGUGUCCCGUCGGAUUGAGCUGUGGGCGUCCGUCCAGGAGCUCAACGAGCAGGGGGAGUACUCGCACGUGGAGUUGGUGCCGGGGAAGGAUGUCAGCACCGGGGGAGUCUUUCAGCUGCGGCAGGGUCAUUCUCGGAGGCUCCAGGUGUGUGUGAAGCCGGUUCAACACUCGGGUACCUUGCCUCUGCUGGUGGAGGCUGUGAUGUCCGUCGCUAUUGGCUGCGUGUCUGUCCGCUCCAUAAAGCUCCAGAGACCCCUGGACAGCUACCAGAGAGAGGUGGAGGACGAAAUGGAUAGUUAUCAGGAGGAAGACCUAAACUGCGUACGGGAGCGUUGGUCCGAAGCCCUGAUCAAACGAAGGGAGUAUCUCGACGAACAGAUCAAGAGAAUAAUCAACAAGCCUGAGAAGUGUGAGGAGGACAUGGAGCGCGAGGCGCGGCUAGUGGAGCAGUGGGUGGGGCUGACGGAGGAGAGGAACGCUGUGCUGGUCCCUGCCCCGGGGGGGGGCAUUCCUGGGGCGCCAGCACACUGGACGCCACCAGCUGUGAUGGAAGCUCACAUCCCAGUCCUCUUCCUGGACUUGAAUGCAGAUAAUCUGACACUGAAUGAACAGUUAACAGGGCCACACGCUGCAGGUGUGAACUCUAUCCUACCCAAGGAGCAUGGAAGCCAGUUCUUCUAUCUGCCGAUCAUCAGGCACAGCGAUGAGGAGGUGUCUGUGGCAUGCUCAUGGGACUCCUCCAUCCACGACUCAGUGCACCUCAACCGCAUCACGUCGCCCAACGAGCGCAUCUACCUGAUCGCCAAGGUAACGCUGCAGCUCAGCCACCCCGCCUCCAUGGAGCUGGUGGUCCGCAAGAGGAUCGCUGUCAACAUCUACAACAAGCAGAGCUUCACUCAGAGCCUGAAGAGGAGGAUGUCCUUGAAGAGCACGCUCUACUCCUGCGGACUCACCUACGAGAUCGUCUCCAACGUCCCAAAGGCCUCGGAGGAGCACGAGGAGCGGGAGACGCUGGCUCUCAUGGCGGCCCGCGGCGAGACGGAAGAGCUGCAGGGCGGGGAGACCUACAUGGAGAAAUACACACGGGGGGUGCUGGAGGUGGAGUCCAUUCUGGGCCUGGAGAGGCUGCGGCAGGCUGUUACAGUGAAGGAGGCACUGUCUGCGAAGGCCAAGGGGAGAGUCCUCAAGAGGAGCCUCAGCUCCCCCAAUGUACAGCAUUCUUCCUGUAGUAGAACACACCUCCCUGGCUGUGAGGAUGAUGACUGUAAGGACCACUGUUGUUCUACCUUUGACGACUCCAGCUGUAACCUCCAGGACGUAUCCGUUUGUAUCACCCCCAUCAAGAACAAGGAGACCCACGAGAGCCCAGCGCUGUUCAGUUCCAGCCCGUUCAAGGCACUCUCUCCACAGCCCCCAAAGUUCCUCAAGGCCUUGCUGACGGUCAGAGAGGAGAACAAAGCUAAGAAGGUUCUGGAGGCACGGCCGCUGCUGGGACAAGAGAGCAUGAACUCAUGUGUGACCAACCCUGCACUGCACGCCCCUCCCUGUCCCUGGCAGCGGCCCCGGGCCGGCAGUGAGGGCCACUGCUCGCCUGCAGCCCCGUCCUCCACCCCCAAAUCCACCUCCACCACAAUAAGACAGCUCAGUCUCUCACUGCCACGCCCCGCUGACUCUGAGGACGAGGAGGCCGGUGGGAACGGGCCCUCCAGCCUGGACUGUGGACCCCUUGGGGGCGAACCUCUGGAGGGCGGACCUCUGGAGGGCAGACCUCUGGAGGGCGGACCUCUGGACGGCAGACCUCUGGACGGAGGACCUCUGGACGGAGGCGCCUUUCAGCCUUACAUUCCUGAGGACUUUGCUAAUUUUGAGGUGUACAAUACGACGCUGGAGCCCCAGGACGGGCUUGCCUCCCGCUGGGACCUGAAGCCCGGGAUGGGGCGCUGCGGCAGGGCCGGGGAGCGGGCGGUGAGCCGCAGCCCCACCGCCAGCAGCUGCACCAGCGGCUACGUCUCCCACAGCGACUCCAAUGCCACACUGUCCGACGUGCCCUUCAGCACCAGCGACAGCUUCGACCACCUCAGCGCCAGAGACCCACUAGAGAGGCUGGACGCCCUGGACGUGAUCCACGGCCUCGCAGGGAGAGGCUGUGCUCGGAACAGAAGCAUUACCGCAGGAGAGGAUGAAUUAAUCACCACCUCCACUGAUGGGCUCCAGGGUUUGUUGGUCCCCUCCUCUCCCACUGCUGGGGUACCUGGUGGCGCUGACCUGGGAGAGAGCCUUCCUUUAUCGAGAAGCGGCAUUCUCAGUGCCUGCCAGGAGUUUAGUGAUUUCAAAGGGGCGGAGGAUGGUGUAAUUGAGGGUGAAGGUUGGCAGCAGAAGGGUCAGGACUUACCCACCAGGGAAGGUGAUGAAGAACAGUAUUUAGAAAUGUUUUUGGUGGACAGAUCCAGUACUGAAAGCACUCCGGCCUCUUCCUGCAGCUGUCACAGCGCUGAGGGAUGUGUUGGUUUAACCGUGCCUUGCCACAUGGCUGUUGGCACCGAGACUGUGGUACGUACAACUGUCCAUGCUGAGGUACCAGCCUCAGCUCCAGCCUUAACGUUGCCCUCUCUGUCGACCUCCACCCGUGCCCCGGUUCCACAAGGAGCAGGGGGAGGAGGAGGGGAACCUCCUCUCCACGAACCCGCCCAGGGAGACCUGCCCCACGGGAGUCCCUGCCCCAGCCCCAACCCCAGCAGUGCGGAGCCUUCAGGGGACUCCAGCGGGGACGAGAGCUCCCCCGCCACCCAGCUGCCUGACUGGAUGGCCCCUGGGGAGCAGGUGUGGGUGGGGAAGAGGAAGGGGACCGUCCACUAUGUUGGAGGGGUGGAGUUUGCCAAGGGGAUAUGGGUCGGUUUGCAGCUGGACAUGGCACUGGGCAAGCACAACGGAACGGUCCAGGGAAGGGUGUAUUUCCGCUGUCCACCGGGUCGUGGCGUGUUUGUCAAACCAUCCCGUCUCACCAAGGGCCCGCCCUCUUUGGACAUGGACCCCCAGACAGUGAUCGGAUAGUGCCCAGGGAAGAGCCAUCAUGAACCCAAAAGGACAUCAGGCCAUCCCUAUGCCCAGUGCCUAGAGCAACAUUUGAUUUCCCUUCCACUUGCUCAAAUCCCCCAUCCUAUAUCAUAUCGGACCUGUGCAUAUCAUGUCGAUAUAUUUUCUUUUUGCUAAAGAUUCACAAAACCCUCUAUGCAGUUUUGCCAUUGCUGAACAUGAAGUGAUAUUUUUCUAAGACAACAUAGCCACCUUGAGGUUCAAAUUAGAAUAAUCUCAGAAGUUAUGCAUAAGAGUGUACUACUGUUAUUAACAUUUAUAUUGAGUUCAUUACACUAUAUCAGGGGUAACCAAAGAACUAGGGUUCUAUAUCUGCUGUUUUUUUUUUGUUUUUUUCGCUUGUUCGAUAUACCUGUGUGUCCAUGUAAAGCUUAGUCCCAUAUUUCUAUGAUAAUACCACAUGCCCUGACCUUUAGGAGGCAACUCACAAAACUGGAACUAUUUUAGUGUUUGACUGUGGUUUUAAUGUUGCCCACUACAUAUAACGUGAUGUUAUUGGAGUACUGUAAACCUGUGGAGGAUGUUAUCCACAUUGAGGGUGACUGUUGUCAUGCUGCCUGAAAUGCUUGCUCUGGUGAGUAUAACUUUUUCAAUGGUCGCUCAUUUAUCAUGGUCCAUUAUGGGAUGGAACUUUUUCUAUGUGCUUCUUAGCGACCCCACACAGAGCCUCAAGAUCGAGUCACCACUUUUGUUCACCAAUGAUGUUUCUUUCCAUUGUCGACCCAUACCCCACUGGACUCAAUGCUCAUGUCUUGCGCUGCUUUUCCGCUGUGUAGAUCUAAAGCAUACCAUAGUGUGGGUCCCAUGCUAGUUUCAUCAAUGUGUCUUCUUGACCAGGUAUCAAGUAAGCUGAAAGGGUCUUGAAUUGUAGCACUAUCUUUGGGCCCUUUUCACGGUGGGAAAAACACGAGUGCAGCUCAAAACCUUAAUGAUAGGGGGGAUUUAGAUAUGGUAAUGCACCAGGAUAGACACAACUAUUCAAGUAAAUUGACCACGCUGGGACUACGACGGACAUGAAUAGAACUGAGCUAAUGUUGACAGGAACAGGGAGUUACUGUAGCCUCCUAGUUUCGUCCUGUUAAGAGGGUCCAUUGCAUUCUCCUGCUGCUCAUGAGCUGUGUACGCUAGCAUUACUAUUCAGUACCAGUCCCAGGAGCAGGAGGAUAAGAACAUGACAACAAGGACAACCACAAAGACAAGGCUAAUAAUUAUAGAGUUCUUUGACAAAUCAAUAACUGAAACAUGUCACGGAAACGGAUAUCCAUCAAACCAACACCCCCUGGAGGCGUCUUCAGUGCCGUACAAGUCACAGUACGUUUUAAAGAGUCCAUCUAUUCAUCCCAGGUAGGGAAUAUAGGUGUCCAGUAGAAAGGGCAGCAAAGCUCUAGGAAAUUAUUUAAAAAGACAACUAAUAAACAUAUCUGGGGGCCUUAGUUGGGUGCAGUUUAGGUAGACAGUGGAAAUGUGUCCACAUUUGGUUUUGUCUAAGGCCAGGCCAAUCCAAAUGCCCUAAUGUGCUAUUUGUUGGACAGCAGGCACAUAUAUCAUGGACUACCCUCCCAACCAUGGAUGUGUUGUAGACCUAGAGAAACUACAAGUUUUUGGACCCCAAGCUCAUCGAUAACCUGAUGCCCAAAGACAUUCAAGAGGCCACUCGACCUCUGACCAAUCAGACUGCACAUCGCCUUCUCCAUCUUGAUCGGCAGAAAUGUGUUACAUGCAAUACUCUUUUUUUUACAACAGACGAUGGUGUACAACUUGUUAAAGAUGGUCAAACGUUUUGUACAAUUGUAUUAAAGGAGGCUGAACUGUGGAUGAAGUAUAGAUUUAUAGUUUUGAUGUAAUUCAAGUCCCAAACCUAAGAUUUCAAUGCUGCUCUCCUCACAACAAGUUAUGUAAAUAGCAAUGUAUUUGAACAUAGUAUUUACAAUAGUAUAAUGUACAGAAUGUAUUUAUAAUGUAUCUCAAAAACUGUUUAAUUGGAAAGAAAUGUUCUAGAAUAGAAUGUUUAAAUCCAAAUGCUGUGUUGACCUCUUUGUCCUGCUGGAAAACUAACAGCUGUCUGUCACUUCGCUGUAUGUCUGUCUAUUGAUCUGUCUGUAUGUCUCUCUGUCUAUAUAUUGGUUGAUCUGUAUUCGUUGCUGUCUAAUAUGUCUGUCGGUCUAAUUCAGAAUAAUGGUUUAAAAGACAAAGAACAAUUGGA